AUGGACAAGGCUGAAGACGAAGAGAUCAACCAGAACAGGCCGUUAUCGAACGAGGGCGAUGACAAUUCAAACCCCCCAACCGACGGAAAUGACAAUGUAAAUGACAAACAAAGCAAGUCAGUAAAUCAAUCAGCAAAAACAGCCGAUACUGUUGCUACUAAUCCUACUAAUUUUACCGAUGAAUUAUCAAACAAGGAUGACGCAUUGACACACCAAUCGUCAACUUCACCGUUCACAACAUUAUCCCUUACGGAACGAAGGCGCAAGGUGCAACCCCCGUCAAUGCAGACAUCAAAAUUGCCUCAUAAUACAUUGGGCAAAAACUCCCAGAGAUCUGAAACCCGUCAAGAAUCAGAUUCGCUCCCGUACAUGGUGCGAGAACGUGCCAACUCCACUCCCAAUCUCGAAUUAGCGUUUCCUUCAUCCCCACCAUCAACGCGCGGUCAAUUUACGCCAAAACUAUCUUCGCCUCUUGCAUCCAGACACCCAAUUAGUGCUUCGCCCGAAUUAUCCGAAGAUUCUGAUAUGGAUGAACGAGGGAACGAGAACAGAGGCUUGCUAACACACAACAAGCCAUCUAUCACGAAUCAGGAUCAUGAUUAUCCUCUUCGGGAUGACAAGCCUAGUCUUUUAUCAGGACCGUUUCACGUAGCUAUGAGCAAACUGUGGAAUAACGAGUUUGACGAAGCAGAGGCGAUUUUAUCAAUGGGGAAAGAUGAUAUUCCCAGAUGGUCUGCGACGUUUCUUGAGGCACAAUUGAUGAAACAUGUGUUAAGUGGGCAAAUUUCAGAUAGUGAUAAUCCAUCAUUAACUAACGCAUUGAUCCUGGCUGAAAAGGUUGCUAGCAGAGUCAAUGAAGGAAAGGAUGAUUUCGAAUUGUCUUUUUCUUCUUUCAAAUCUAUAACAAGAAAAUAUUGUCUCCCAUCAUCUUCGGAAGACCUACCACCGUCAAGCCGUACUAAUUAUCGUUGGGACUGCGAUCUUGCCCUAGCCGAUAUCCUUCUUUUCCGUGCUGUUUUCCAGGUGAUCGGCGGCAGCGAAAUCAAGGGCGCAUUCAAUCUUCGCAAAUCGUGGAAACUGUAUUCCAAAGUUAGAGAUGAGAUUGAAAAAGUAAAAUCUGAACAAGGAAAAACCGAUGGAAGUUCAACGAGUGGAAAUAGUAGAUGGAGUAUUGGAGCACCGUUUGGCGGAAGAAGAGGAAGUUUCAGCAGUUUGGUAGGAUUUGGGCUUAAGAGUCAGGUUCAAAACAAUCAGCAGGAUGCUAGUGUUGAGGGAGGAACAAGUGGAGAGGUAGAUAAGGAUGUUGAGGACUGUCUGGAAUUUGGCAUUGGCUUGUUUUAUUUUGUUGUUUCUAUAGUUCCUGGCUCGUUUUUGAGCGUGUUAAAAGCAAUAGGAUUUAAUGCAGACAGAGAGCAAGGUAUAAAGAUGUUAGAGAAUUGUUGGAAGCGUUGCGGGAUUCGAGCACCAUUUGCCGCCCUGUUUCUCCUUGUAAACUAUUUAUUCCUUCCACGUGGCCUUGUUAACCCUAAGCCUACAUUAACACGAGCCGGUGAAAUUGUUGAAAAGGCCUUGCAGAAAUAUCCAGAUACUCGCUUCCGCGAAGCCAUCGAUGCCAUCUCUCGCGGAAUUAAAUCAUGCGAGAAAUCCAACGUUAAUCCCACAAACUUUUUCUUCGAGCUCGGAAUGACUCACAUUAUCCUUCUCGACUUGAACAAUGCAAAGAAUAUCCUCGAGACUUUAUUUUAUGGUAAUACCACUCUUUAUACCGGCAAGUAUGGAUCGAUCCGUUUGCACGGCUCGGUGCGAGGGUCGAAACGACUUGAUGGAACGAUGAGAGAUAAGACGGAGCAACAAUUCCAGGACUUUGAGUUGAGGCCAUUCUGUGGGUUGUGUUUGGCAGCUUGUUAUAGCAUUGCUAGACCAGGAGAAGUUGGUGAAAGGGUCGCAUUGGAUAUGUUGAGCCAGAUACACGAGAUGACCAGUCCACCAGAAAACAAUAGUAGUAGUGUAGCUGGAAGCAUUGGGUUGUUGGGUGCUAGUGCAAGUGCAUUUGGAUUUGCUGGCGGGCUUGGGAACGAAAAAGAAAAGAAGGCUAGUCGGUAUAACAAAUUCGCGACACGGCAUGCGACGAGAGGAAUCAACACAAAUUACGUGACACCAUUUUUACUGUUCAUCAUCUUGUAUCUUCGUAGAGAUUUAAUUUAUUUGCCAAAAGACAUAUUAGAGAGAUGGUCCGCUUUGCUAGAGACAACUUGGGCAAACGCUAAAAAACCGGUAGAUACGGAUACGAACGCAGUUUAUCUGUUUUUCCGUGGCGUAUUCGAAAAAUCAUUAAACCCGGAUUCUUCAGUCGCCCUUUCCACGUUCAGAGAAUGUUUAUCUAUGGAAAUUGGGGUUGUCUCAGAAACAUGGGUUAUUCCGCAUUGUAGAUACGAGCUUGCUGAACUCCUUUAUAAAUCACGAGGGAGUAAGGAGGAAGCGAUGGAACAUUUUAAAUGGAUAAUAAAAGGUCCUCGACCGAUAUCACGUGGUCCAGCACUAAUACGACGGGAUAGUAGUCUCAGCCUACAAUCUCUCACUUCUCGUUCGUCGGAUGCGUCGGCAUCUCCAGCGUCUAAUACAAAUUACAAUCCCGAAAAGUUCAAGAAAUACGAAUUCGCGCGUACACUCAAACACCGAUGUACAGUUGCACUGGAUCAGAUUCGGAACGGAAUCGUCAGUCCACCCGGAAUCAAUCCGGCAGGCGACCAAACAAUAUCUGUGGAAAUGCCGUCGAAUGGAUCUAGCGCUGCUGUUUCCGGUCAGCUAUCAAAUACUCUUGUAAAUGCUUACAAGUCUAAACCCGAGAGCGAGAGUGAAGACUUGGACGAAGGAAUUGUAAUUGGAAAGACACUUUCAAUGAAACGUAGACAUAAGCCAUCGAAAUCGUUCUCUUUUGUUAAUAGACGAGAGAGCGCAGAUGGAAAUUCGAGCGAUGCUAGUUCAGAAAGUAAAGGGAAAAAGAAGCUGGCUGGAUUUAGAUUUCGAUGA